GAAAAUAGUACAUAUUGAAAAAAGUUAGACAACAGCAUUUUAUAAAGCUAAAUUACGAAGAAUAAGAAGAAGAAGAAGAGAUUGUUUCGUUGAUUGAUGAACAUGGCGGCUAUGCAACUAACGAGAACUGCUUUUUUUGGUCUCUCGAAGGUUUUCCCUAUAAGCCGAGCUCCGAGAACUCUUGCGGUGGUGAUUGGUCGCAAAACAUCUCGUGUCUUUUUUGCCUCGUCGGUUAACCAUUCUCAGGGAAAAUAUGAUCCGGUAGAGAAAGCGAGAGACUCGAGAGCUGAUUUGGCUUAUGACUCGAAGACAUGGAGAGAAGAAUCAGGAGAAUACGCUGAAGCGGGCAAAGAAAAAGCUAAGGGUAAAGCGUACGAUAUGAACGGGAAGACGAGAGAUUAUGCAGAACAAACGAAAGAUAAAGUGAACGAAGGUGCGAGCAGAGCAGCUGAUAAAGCCUACGAGACGAAAGAGAAAGCUAAGGACAAAGCCUAUGAUGCUAAAGAAAAGACUAAAGAUUAUGCGGAAGAGGCUAGGGAUAAGGUGAAUGAAGGAGCAAGCAUAGCAGCUGAUAAAGCCUACGAGACGAAGGAGAAAGCUAAAGACAAAGCCUACGAUGCGAAAGAGAAGACUAAAGAUUACGCGGAAGAGGCUAGGGAUAGAGUGAAUGAAGGAGCGAGUAGAGCAGCUGAUAAAGCCUACGAGACAAAGGACAAAGCUAAGGACAAAGCCUAUGAUGUGAAAGAGAAGGCUAAAGAUUACGCAGAAGAGGCCAAGAAUAAGGUCAAUGAAGAAGCGAGCAAAGCAUCUGAUAAAGCCUACGAGACUAAAGAGAGGGUGAAGGACUAUGCAGAGGACUCAAAGGAGAGAGCAGAUGAUAUGGCACAUGGUUUAAAGGAAAAGGCUCAAGAUAUUGGGGAGAAGACUAAGGAGACUGUAAAAGAUGUGUGGGAGACGGCGAAGAGCACGGCUCAGAAGGUGACAGAGGCGGUGGUUGGGUCAGGUGAGGAGGCGGAUAGGGCUCGGGAUGAUGUUGAUAAGGGCUUGGAGGAUCUGUCUAAAAAGGCGAAUGAAAAUCGGAAUAAGGAUGAUGAUGAUUUCAAGAGGUUCUAAAUACACUGAUCACGUUGUGCCUUUUGUUUUCGUUAUAACUUAUAAGUAGUGCUCAUCUUUUUAUGUUCAAUAAGCUCUGUUUCAGAAACUUGGGUAGUAAGGUAUUAAAAGGUUUUACUUUUAGGAUAGACUCUCUUAUCGCUUUGAAUCAAUGUAGAAGUAAAGAGUAGUCAAGAAUCAAGUUCUAAAGCAAAAAGAGGUAAUUUAGAUUA